CAAAUGGCGGUUAAUUAGCAAAAUAAGAACGUAUUUUUAGUACUUAGGUUUUAUGACUUAGAUAUUCUGUAAAUUACUUUUAACUACUUCAGAACAACACGUGAGACAUACGAUGACACUAAAGUAUCAAAAAGCACAAUAUACCCCUUUAGUUCCUGCUAAACAUAAAGUAAAAGAAAACACAAAGAAAUUUGCAUCCAUAGUACUAUGUUUCUGGCUAACGAGUAUCCUAAUGGGCAUAGCAAUAUAUUUUACCAACUUCUUAGAGUUGGUUUCUUACUCAUCCAAAGAGAUUUUGGAACAUCAACUAUACAUGGAUGACAUCGUUAUAAAUAGGGCUGCUUUAAAUGGAUACUUGAUAAAUACAGCAGGCUGUAAGAUUCCUGAAAUGAACCCUUUCGACGCAUCGGUUAAAGCAUUCGUAUCAAAACCAGACAUGAUGGUGUGCAAUAAAAACAUACCCCCUUUGUUUGACAGCAAUCUAACGUCAAUUUACUUGGUAGAACCGGCGCUGAAACAUUACAACAUCUCUAACUCAACCGAGUUGACGUGUUGCUAUAAGAGUUUUUGGCGGGAAGACCCAAAAGGAUCCGACAACGAUAAGCAGAUGAAAUUUAGCGAGAACUGUACAAAUAUUGAAGAUUUUUCUGCUUAUAUUAUUGACGAAUUCAUAAAAGUGACCUGUGAUUAUGAAACUAAACAAAUCUAUGAAGAUUACUUUGCUUUUGUGCCAAAGAAAAGAAAUGAAUCUAUAGAUAGAUCCGAUAGACUCAAACCCAAUAUACUUAUAGUGGGUUUGGACGCGGUAUCAAGGGUGAAUUUCCACAGGCAGAUGCCUAGAACGCUGGGUUAUUUGGUGAAUAAGCUUGGGGCGGUUGAAAUGCUAGGGUACAACAAGGUUGCUGACAACACGUUUGUAAAUCUGAUGCCGGUGCUGAGUGGACAUUUUGUGGACGAACUGAAACAAACGUGUUGGCCCAAUGACACUGUUAGAUUUGAUGACUGCUCGUUUCUGUGGAAUAAUUUUAGUGACAAGGGAUACGCCACUACGUUCGGAGAAGACUGCGCUUGGAUGGGCAUAUUCAACUUCGUGAAGAGAGGCUUCGGAAAACAGCCUGUGGAUUACUACUACAGCCCAUACUCCUGGAUAACUGAGAACGCCAUUGGCAACGACAAGGAUUUUAAUUGCGAGCUGUGCCUAGGCGGAAGAAAAGUUUACUCGACAGCGUUGGACUACGUCAGCAAAGUAGUCCAGACGAUGGCGAUUGAUUCGCAGCCGCAUUUUACGUUUUUCUGGACUGUUAGUUUGUCCCAUGACUACCUCAAUUAUCCCUCAUUAGGUGACUCGACUUAUUACAAUUUUUUCAAACGACUAAAAGACGAUGGCCUUAUAGAAAAUACAGUUGUGGUCUUCAUGAGCGAUCACGGAAUCAGAUGGGGCGACAUAAGACAAACCUACCAAGGACAACUGGAAGAACGACUGCCUUUCGUGUACAUAGUGGUACCUGAUUGGAUCAGAACAGAGUACCCCAAAUCGUUUGCUAAUUUGAAGAGAAAUUCCAGACGGUUGACUACACCGUUCGAUUUGCACGAAACGCUUAAAAGUUUUUUGCAUGUCGAGAGUUUGGGAAAAGAGAAAGUAACAGUGGAUUAUAGUAGUAGAAGCUACAGUCUUUUCGAUGAAGUUCCCGCCAAUCGAACGUGCGAAAGUGCCGAAAUUAGCGCCCACUGGUGCACCUGUCAACAGAGCGUCGACGUGAACGUCAGCGACGCCAGCGUGAUCGAGGCUGCGCAGUUCGCUGUCGGCUACAUGAACGACCAGCUGCGCGGUUAUGCGCAGUGCGUUAAAUUGACGUUGGACGACAUACUCAACGCCAGAUUAUUGUACCAUACCGAAAAAGAGAUAGAAAAGGGAAACGAUUUGAAGGAUUACACGGUUACGAUAAGGACAACGCCUGGAGAAGGUGUUUUUGAGGCCACUGUGAGAGUGAAAAACAAUGUUUUUACAGCUGUCACAGGCACCGUGAGUCGCUUAAAUUUAUAUGGAAAACAAAGCAGUUGUAUGACGGAUUUCCAUUUGAAAUUGUACUGUUAUUGCGAUAGUUUGUUAAAAACGUUUUAGUUUUUAACACAGGUGAUAUAAAUAUAAAUGUAUAUAUUUAUUUUUUAAACCAUUUACAUUUUAUCAUUUUCAGUCAUUAUAAGUUAUUUCAAAAUAUAUUUAUUUAUUUACCAA